AUGAGGCGUGCGACCCCCUGCAUUGCCUUCCUGGCGCUGCUGCUCUUGGCAGGGCCAUGCAAAGCUGACAUCUUCGACACCAUCGGGAACGCUCUGGGCGAUGCCACCCGGACUGUCGGGAACGCGGUGGACACCGCGGCUGAUGCCACCACCAACUUUGCUGGGAAUGCCGUGAGCACCGUGGGAGGGGCCAUAGGCGAUGCAGCGAACGCUGUGGGGGGUGCCCUGUCCGACGCUGCCAACGCCACUGGAGACUUUGUGGACUCCUCGCUGGACACCGUGCGAUCGGGUCUGAACACCGCGGUGGGAGCUGUCAGCGGGGCUGGAAGCGACAUUCGUACAUUUUUCAGCGGAGGGGAGGUGACACCGCUGUUGCCCUCCAUUCAGUAUGGUCCCAUCGUCGUGAAGACCCUGGUAGCGCUGCAGUAUGCCGUGAAUCUUAAUGCCAGCGACUACCAGGAUGAGGCUGUGCAGCUGGCCUUGGCCGAGGACGCGGUGGUAACAAUCCGCCAUGCCGGGCUCAACCAGGCCAUCGUCGCAUUCCAGGGCGGGAGGCUGAACAGCAAUCCCCUGGACUCCUUCAACACCACCGAGGCAGUGCCCUACCUGGAGGACUGGAUUGGCACCGCCGCCGCCCCCACCCUCCUCCUCGACUCCUUCAGUGACCUGCUGGACGGCGCCGGCUCCACCAACGGGACGCUGGUGGAGGCCGUCGAGGAGAUCAUGGGGUCCGAGACCCCCCUGCACAUCAUCGUGACGGGUCAGGCGGCGGGGGGCGGCCUGGCUGCACUGGCGGGCCCGGCCCUGGCGCUGGCCUUCCCGCGGGCCAACGUCGAUGUGAUCACCUUUGGCAUGCCCUGGACCGGGUUCAACCCCCAGUUCUCCUGGGCCUUUGACCAGCUGGUCAGCUUGUACUACGUCUGGCCCUUUAACUCCAGCGACAUCGUGCAGAUCAUCAACGCCACGCAGCACGACCCGCAGCAGAGUCUCUUUGAUCAGGCCGCCAUGGCAGUGAACUCCACCAUCGGGCCCAACACCGUGGGCAACGCCACGCUACUCCCAAACCUGCCGCCCCCAUACCCCGCCGACGCCCAGGCGGGCGCCACCGCCCCUCUGGGCGACAUCGCCCCCUCGCCCACUAGCCCCGGCCCGGCCCCCUCGGCCUGCCCCCCCAUCCUCUGCAAGUCGCGGGAAGGCGCGGCCGCCGCCUGCCUGCUGUGGCGCCCCAACAACGCCUCAGCCCUCCAGGGCCUGCCCCGGCGCUACCUGCAGAGCGGCGGCACCGGCGCCUCGGCCGCCGUGGCCUGGGACGCCGCCAGCGAGACCGCCUACAUAGUGUUUGAGGGCACCGACACCGAGGCAGACUGGGUGCAGGACCUGCUGGUCUCCCAGUCCUCUGACUUUCGCCCCACCGGCGCCGACGUGUUUGACGGCGUGGGCGUGCACCAAGGCUUCCUGAACCAGUUCGAGAGCCUGACCGACGCCGCGCCCAGCGCCGAGGAGAACAUCACCGCCGUGGUCCUGGAUCUGAGCGGCGGCCUGAUUCCGCGCAGGGUUGUCGCCGCAGGGCACAGCCUGGGGUCGGGCCUGGCUUCGCUCACUGGCGUUUGGGCCAGUGCGCUCUGGCCCAACGCCUCUGUCAGCGUGGUCGGCACCGGCACGCCCAUGGUCGGCAAUGGGGAGUGGGUGCGUGAAUUCAGGGCCAUCGUGGGGCGUGCCAACAGGUUUGUGUACGAGAUUGACCAGGUGCCGAGCCUGCCCCCCAUCGACGACUACCGCCCGCUCCCCGACGGUGUAUGGUUCCGGGCCAACUACAGCAUUGCCGUGGACCGGCCCCCCUUUGGGCUGGGGGACACCUCCUGGGACGACCACGACUGCGAGCGGCUGUACGUGCCAUCCAUCAUGAACGCCACCCGGUUGGACGUGCCUCAGUUCGUGCUGGACCUGCCCGGCGCCAACGCCUCGCUGCCAGAGUAUGCCACCGCCGGCUGA